AGUGCCGCUGAGCCGGGCAGAGCUAAGACAGACACAGAGGAGGGCUGGUGGAGGGAGGAAGAGCUGGAAGAGCUGGAAGAGCUGGCUGCCUGAUGCCGCCGGGGUUUACCGGGAUUUAAAGACCGAAAAAAAGAACACAAGAAAGAACAAGAACACAAAGCUGACGUCCAUCCAUCUGUCGGACUCUGGUCUGUUUUUGGAAGGAGGAAUUAUAACACUAACAAAAUGCGUCUUUUGGGGAUUUGGAUACUGAUGGCGGCUUUGCAGGUUAUUGUUCUGGGUGGAGAGGCUGAGGGGUCGUUGUCAAGCAAGCAGGGGUCGUCGCUGUGCACAAGGGGCUUUACACAGGAGGAAUACAUCAUCGAAAUGGACCAAGAACUGGCAAAGGGACAGGCUGUCUUUAACGUGAGCUUCACAGAUUGCGGCGGAGGGAAGGUGUGGUUUGACGUUGGUGAUGCCUCUGACUUCAGGGUGAAGGAGGAUGGCGUCGUGUACACCCUGCGGCGCAUCAGCCCGGCAGGGAAGGAAGUACCUGUGCUUGUGGUCUAUGCCCGAGACCUGCAGUCCAAACAGGUCUGGAAGACCAGGAUUCACUUCAUCACCCGUCCAAAUGGCAAUAGAGCAGCACCUGAACAGGUAAAGCCCAGUGAUGCAACACUGACUCAGCGGGUACCAGAAAUCUUGUUUCCAUGGCGCAGCGUGGUUGUCAGGGGUGAUGGCUCUCUGAGGCGAGUGAAGAGGGACUGGGUCAUUCCGCCUAUCAACGUCCCUGAAAACUCACGAGGACAGUUCCCCGAGGACCUCGUCAGAAUCCGCUCGGACCGGGAUAAGAACCGGAUGCUGCGUUACAGUGUGACAGGCCCCGGCGCCGACCAGCCUCCAACUGGUAUCUUCAUCAUCAAUCCCAUCUCUGGCCAGUUGUCUGUCACCAAGCCUCUGGACCGAGAGCACAUCUCCAAUUUUCACUUGCGAGCACACGCUGUGGACCUGAAUGGGAAUCAGGUGGAAAACCCAAUCGACAUUGUCAUCAAUGUCAUUGACCAGAACGACAACAGACCAGAGUUCACACACACCAUCUUUAACGGCUCUGUGCCUGAAGGAUCCAAGCCAGGAUCCUUUGUCAUGACAGUGACAGCGGUGGACAAGGAUGAUCCAAAAACAGCCAAUGGGAUGCUGCGUUACAAGAUCCUUUCCCAGAAUCCCCAGAGCCCCUCCUCCAACAUGUUCACCAUUAACAACAAAACGGGUGACAUCAUCACGGUGGCAGCAGGACUUGAUCGGGAGAAAGUCACCCAGUAUACCCUGAUCAUCCAGGCCACAGAUAUGGAGGGAAACCCGACUUAUGGGCUGUCCAACACAGCCACGACUGUCAUCAGGAUCACCGACGUCAAUGACAAUCCACCUGAAUUCACAACAGACACAUUCUACGGUGAGGUCCACGAGAACAGGGUGAAUGUGAUCGUUGCUAACCUGACUGUGACUGAUAAAGACCAGCCUCACACUGCAGCCUGGAGCGCUGUGUACCGCAUCAUAGCAGGAGAUCCCACUGGACGCUUUUCCAUCCCCACUGAUCCUACUACCAAUGAGGGCCUGCUGACUGUGGUCAAGCCCAUAGAUUUUGAACUGACUCGCUCUUUCAUGCUGACCGUGGAGGCGGAGAAUGAAGUCCCACUGGCCCGCGGCAUCCACCUGCCUCGCCAGUCCACCGCCACCGUGUCUGUUCGAAUCCUAGACAUCAACGAAAGCCCCGAAUUCAGCCCCAACCCCAAGUCAAUCAAACUGGAGGAGGGUCUGCCUGCCGGCUCACUGCUCACCACCUUCACUGCCCAGGAUCCAGACCGCUUCAUGAGACAAACAGUCCGGUACUCCAAGAUGUAUGACCCUGCCAACUGGCUGGAGAUUGACCCGGUUAACGGUCGCAUUUCCACCAUCGCUAUCCUUGACAGAGAGUCUCCCUACGUCAAGAACAACCUCUACAAUGUUACCUUCAUGGCGUCUGAUAACGGUAUCCCCCCUGCCAGUGGUACAGGCACCCUUCAGAUGUACCUGCUGGACAUAAACGACAAUGCACCACACGUCUUUCCCCCGGAGGUGGAAAUGUGUGAGAGGCCAGACCCCAAUGGUAUCAACAUCACCGCCAGUGACAGUGACCUCAGCCCCAAUGCUGGACCCUUUGCCUUUGAACUGGCCAGUCGUCCCUCAGAUGUACGCCGCAACUGGACACUCAGUCGCCUUACUGGCGAGUAUGCCCAGCUUCGUUUGAGGAUCGGUUCACUGCCCAGCGGGAUCUACGAGGUUCCCAUCAUGAUCACAGAUUCAGGCAACCUGCCGAUGUCCAACACAUCCUACCUGAGGGUCAAGGUCUGCCAGUGUGAUCACCAUGGCGACUGUGUGGAUAUGGAGCGGAUCAUCGCUGCUGGACUGGGCACUGGAGCCAUCAUUGCCAUCCUGAUCUGUAUCAUUAUACUGCUAGUGCUGGUGCUGCUGUUUGUGAUGUGGAUGAAGAGGAGGGAUAAGGAGCGCCAGGCCAAGCAGCUCCUCAUUGACCCGGAGGAUGACGUCCGAGACAAUAUCCUUAAAUACGACGAGGAGGGAGGCGGAGAGGAGGACCAGGACUACGAUUUGAGUCAGCUGCAGCAGCCUGAUGCCCUGGAGCCUGAGUGUGUCAAAGUGGGGAUCAGACGUCUGGAUGAGAGGCCGCUCCAUCAUGACCACCAGUACCCUAUGCGCUCUGCUGCCCCCCACCCAGGAGACAUUGGAGACUUCAUCCACGAGGGCCUAAAGGCAGCGGACAACGACCCCACCGCCCCCCCCUACGACUCCCUGCUGGUGUUUGACUACGAGGGCAGCGGCUCCACCGCCGGCUCCCUCAGCUCCCUGCACUCGUCCUCAAGCUGCGGAGACCAGGACUACGACUACCUCGGUGACUGGGGGCCACGCUUCCGCAAGCUGGCCGACCUGUACGGCGGAGGGGAUGAUUAGUGCCCUCGACCCCCCUAACAACAACGACCACACCCCCACCCCACCGAUGCUCCGAUACUCAGGUGGUGGGUGGUGAUAGAGAGAGGAUAUAGGGUUAAACAUUAUGGGGUUGGAAGCGGCACUUGUGUAUUACCACGGGACAGCUUGUAAAGAGACCUGCUGCCUCUUGAGGACGGUUGAUUACUCUUGGGACCAUGCUGACUCCUGGCCUGACUGGGCUGGGCUAGCAUUCAGGCUAAAGAACAUUAUCAUUGGACGUUAGCCCCCAUGCUAACAAAUGUGAGCAACCAGAACAGUGCACUCAGACGGGAUGUUGUCACUACGAUGGUUAAGAGCUACGACAGCCAUGCUACAGACGCUCAUUUACACUUGAAUCUCACAGUACAGGAGCACUGGGGUCAAAUGUGCCUUUUUGUACAUUCUUUUUGAUUGUGUUCAGUCUUGAUUCUGUACGUUGCUUUAAAGCUCCCAGUCUUGAUUCUGUACGUUGCUUUAAAGCUCCCAGUGUUUUGCAACGGCAACUGGAGGAGCGCUUCGCCAUGAUAAUGAGUAUGUAUGUGUGUGCGCUUGAGUUCCACUUCAUUAUCGGUAUGUGUGUGACAGAGUGUGUGAGUAAUUUCCACAGAGACACACUGGAUGGACACUCUAAAGGGCAAUGCCUACUAUGUGAAGCCUUGGAUGAUCCUACCAGCAAAAACACGGCUUAUCUGUACAGCUCUGGGUGUUAGAGGGUUUUCUGUUGUACCUCUGACUCAGUCAGAAAAUGACAGCUAUACUCCUAAUGUACUGCAGUGUACUUACAGUAGAUCAGUUCAGUUAGCAGUCAAAAAUAGAAAAGUAACCAACAAAUUAGAGUAUAACAGCGGCCAAGCACUUCCAUCUAAUUUAGACUCAAAGCCAUGACAAAAUAAAUUAAGCACGGCAAUGCAACUGAGAUCAUGUUUUCUUCGUUAAGUUUUUCAAGACAAUUCACAAUUUUGCAAAAAUGAAAUCCAUCAAUUUCUAUUGUUAUAUCUUUGAGCUGCACAUACUGUAAAGAAAAUGACUAAAAAAAAGGACCUAUUUACUGCUUCUACAGGGGCUUGUACAGGUGUGUUUGCUCCAUUUUUAGUUGAAUCUUAUGUCAUUUGGAGGUUGUAUGGCAAAGCAGGUAUUUCACCUAAAAAUGACAGUUGAGAAAUAAAAGAAAAACAAGCAAGUCCUAACCCCGGUAUGGGAAUUGUUCAACAAAAAAAAAGCCUUUUCUACUGCCCCCUUGUGGUUCAAGAUUUUUUUCCCCCACUUUUUUAUAUGUUCUAUUAAAAUGUAUCUCUCUAAAUCACAUUUAAUUAAAUUCCCACAAAUACUUUUUUACCAGAAGAAUAAAAAUCACAGCAGAACCAAUACAGUUCCAGUCCCUCAUCAGAUGUGAACAAGUAUCUCUUUUAAUAAGUAACAUCCCACAGAUUACGAGCUGAAACUCCUCUUUUAACUAAAGGUUCCUCUCGUGGCUGUUAGAACGUAAAACACAUUGAAAGGCCAUCUUUUGUGCAAAGCUGUGGAUAUAUUUGUCACAUUGUUUCCAUGGCUUUUUGAAAUGUUUCGAAGCAAAUAUUAAUGAGAAUGACUGUCUGUAUUAACAAAGCCCGAGGAGAUCAGAAGUUUUAAUUUCCUCUCUGCUGUCUCUCAACAGUUUCUCUGCGCAAACUCUGAUCAUUCAACAUCACAUCACGUUAAGGCUUUGAUUGAAUUGCUAUAAAUAAUGGCCUCCUCCCCUGGCUUUCAACUAUCUUGGAUAGUCAAGGCCAUUUAGACUGACAGUUAAUUUAAAUAACGUUUCUGAAUCCAAAAGGUUUUUACAAGCGGAAAUAUUAUUUUUGCUUCACUUUAAACAUUACAGUUAUGUCAUUACUGUGCUUUCAAAUAAAAAACUUUAAAGGGAAUGCUUUGCUAAUUUGCUGAAUGACAAAGUAGAGAAGCUGGAUGGUCAAAGACGUAGGGAAGGAAAAUAAUUUCUAUUUAGUGUUUGGACAGAAGAGGAAACCGGAGAGUAAAAAAAAAAAAAAACAUAGCAGCCAAUCUAAACAAUAUUGGAAGCACUUUAGUGGCAAACUGUGUGAUUUAUGAAAUGGCAAAUUAAUGUUCCAAUCAUGAAGAAAGCAAAAUGACUAAUGAAAUAUUUAAUGAAUGUGACAGGGAGAGUGAAUUUAUUCCCAGUGUGGGUUCGGCCGACUCAUUCUGGAUGAAUGUUGUAUUUACAGAUGAAUAUUUAUGUUUGAUGAAAACAUAUGCUGUAAACAGAAUAUAAAGUGAGGGAGUGGUGACUAAUAUGCAGCCCACCUUUCCUCUGUAAUGUCUGGAUCGUCUGCCUGCAAAAUGGUGCAAAGGUGGAAGACCGGAAUGUAAAAUCAGAGGGGAGAAGGAAAGUUUGCACAAGAAAGAUACUCCUCUCCUCUGCCGAUGCAUCAUUUUAAAGCACUAAGUCUGACAAACACUACAUUGGGAAUUUUGUUUCAUGUAACAUCACUAAUUUUGCUCAUUGCAGUGGAACAAUUGCAUAUGUUGUAACUGUGCUUUCUUAUUUUUAGACCAUCUGGGGAUACUUUUUGCCACAUUAACAAAAAUGCUCUAAUUGUCACAUUAGCAAAAAUUGUCUAAGCAGCAGUUUGGGCCAAAAUGAGUUUAUAUGAAAACUUUCCACAAGGGCCUGUAUGAAUAUUAAGAUGGUCAAUGGAAAAUGUUAUGUUAUUCUUACAAAGCACUCAUGGAUGCAUAAGAAUUGGCCGAAAAAAUAGACACAGAAGCAGCAAAAUGGCCACAAAUUAAAAAAAAAAAAAAAAAAAAAAAAAAAAAAAAAAAGCCCCACAUUGUUACUGAGACAUAUCAGAUUUCAAAAGCCUCUUGAACCCACAUUCUAUUCCCCCCCAGGAAGUCCAUCAUUUUAGUUUGAUUAUUCAUUUUCCUCCUUAUUAUCAUUUCCAAGGUAAAAAUGUAGCUCCUUUGUAUAACAUUUAACAGAACACCAGAGCUGAAAAUUCCAGCAUGCCUGUAAUAAAACCCCUCUAGGUGUGAGGGCCCGAUCAUUGCUGCUUGCUGAUUUAAUUACAUAUAUUAUUCUAUUAUUCUGAUCUGUGUUUGCUUCUAAACUGAUGAAUCCUUUUUUUUUAUUUUAACGACCCCAGCGGCAUUCUCAGGUCCAGUGUUGCAGACUGGUAGCCCUGUAUGAAUAGCAUAUUUUUCCCGUUGAGUCAAACCCUGUGUUAUUAUUAUUGUUAGAGAGGAGCAGGCGGUGGCGAAAACCCAGAGCUGUACAAAAGAGCUGCAUAUUUUUGCUUGUGUGGUUUCCAAAGCUAGUGAGAAGACAUGUACAGUAAUGCUAGAAUGCUAGACUUUAGAUAGAUACCUUUUGUUCUUUGUUUUUGCUUUUAUCACAAUGUAACUUAUGCAGCUGAUUGCUAAUAAAGGGAGUCACCAGUCCUUGUUUUUGUAGCAAAGGUACUUCUUGAUACUCUGCUGUGGUGGAUUACAUACAAAAAAGGCAAUGUUCUUCUGUCUGCUGAUGAUUUGCCUUAGUGUUCUCUGGUACUCUCCAACUGGCUACUCACUGUAAACUGAAAUAUGUACAGAUUGUAUUUUUUCUCUUGUUGUUCUUUUGGCUGUGGUCUAUGCUAAUAUCCUGAAUCCUUGUAUAUGUGUAAUUUGGAUUACAAAUUAAAAAAUUUUGCAUGUUUUUA